CUUCUUCUUUUCUCCCCACACGGAAAAUACUACACUGUUAUAUUUUCGAUUCGAGAGAUUUAGAGGUUAUAUUUCCUCCUCUCGAUUCGAGCAAUUAUUAACUACGAUUCUGAACAUAAAUAAAAGGUUUUUCUGUUUUUUCAUCAUAUCCACAUCGAAAUGAGAUUAACUACUGAACUCUUUGUUCGGUGGCAUCGGGAGUCAGUGAAAUAUUCAAAUUUGCCGGAUCGAUAUAUAAAACGUGCCAUGGAACAAGUUUAUUGGAAAACACCAAACAAACCUAACUAUUUGCCUCGUACGGUUGAGCGCAAAAAAUUUUUCUUCAAUACCUCUCGCCCAUGGGAGAGGAAAUUUUAUUUCCAUAAUGCACCAGGAACUAUGAGACAGACAAUUCAUGUUCAACCUAUAAAAGAUUGGAGUUUCUUUCGAGGAGACAAAGUUGAGAUUUUGGUAGGAGAUGACAAGGGCAAACAAGGUAAAGUGACACAAAUCAUAGCGGAAAGGAAUUGGGUUUACGUUGAAGGUUUGCACACUCGUUUGCAUCGUAUGGGUAAAGAGGAAAACUUCCCUGGUAUUUACAUUAAACAAGAAAUGCCUUUGUGCGUUUUAAAUGAUAUUAAACUGGUGGACCCAAGUGAUAGUAAGGCAACCGAUGUGGAAUGGCGUUACACAAUUGAGGGCGAUCGUGUCAGGGUUUCAACAAGAACUGGCAGAAUAAUACCCAUUCCGGUAUCAGACAAUGAAACCAUAGAUUACAAGCUCCCUCAUCUGUACAAUGAUAAACCUAAAGACACCUUGAAAGCGGAUGUUGAAGAGAUUACCUUCGAGCCUGUGUUGAAAACCUUCGAGAUGGACAUAAUGGAUAAAAUGGGAAUAAAGGAAGACCGAAUUCCAAAGAAGUACUAUUGGUAUUAAUUUGAAAAUUGUAAGAAAGUUAACUUUGAUUUUAUCCAAAAUAAUAAUAAUUUGUGUAGUUUA